GGCUGAGGGGAGAGCUGAACAAUCGCUAGGACCAUUAAAAGGAACUCGGGCUGGCCGACUCGGCGGUAUUGCCGCCUGUGCCGAUUUGGUUGCCGAUCCGUUUUGACAUUUUCUUCGAAGGGCUGUUUUUUUUUUUUUUUUUCCAAAUAAAAGAACGACUUAAAACAAAGGAAGACGUAUAAAAUCAUGGCGACGAGGAAUACGACGUCUGCUCUGCUGGCGCUGGUGCUCUUGGUGAUUUUGGCCACUGCAGGUGCUCAGGAUAUCACGAAUCUGCUGCAGAACAAUCAGAUCGUCGAUCGGGAGCUGCGGUGCGUCCUCAAGACAGGGCCUUGCGAUGUCAUUGGCAGGAUGCUCCAGAGAAUGCUACCGGAGCUCAUAAACAACGAUUGUCGACGUUGCUCGCCCCAGCAGCGACAGCAAGCCAACCAAAUCGCCAGUUUUAUGAAGCAGCACUAUCCGAACGAGUUUCAGGCGAUUAAAAAAAUGUAUUCCAGAUCAGCCUAAAAAUCGGACAGCCAAAGAAAACAAGCUAUGAUAUUAUGACGUAUAUUGAUGAAUCACAUCGGUGAACGCGGCACGUAUAUACUUAUAUGUAGAGCAUAAAAAAAAGUGUACUCCCCAGUAAUUGAUGUUUUGACCAUUUUAUUAAACAUUACAAUCUUUGACCGCAAAUAUGCUUACAUCAUAAUCAAGCUAUUAAUACUUGUGGGGUAAUAAAUAUCGUAAUUAACGAAAUUGUUAUAGUAAUAUGCGACAAUUAUAGACAGAUGAUGGCUACGAUGCUAAAGUGAUUUAAAAUAAUUAAUUUUCACUAAAAGAGUUAAUUAUAAUUAUUUUCUUUUUCUCUCUUUCGUUAAUUCGUAAAAAUUAAGAAAAGAAAAACAUAUAAGUAUUCUUUAACCCUAAAACAAGCUGAAAAAUUAAUUUUUCUACUUUAUUGCCUAUCAGAAGCCUUUUAAAAGCUCUUAAUUUGUUUAUAAAUCUAUGAAACUCGUUAAAAUAAUAUUCCCUCAUACUUAUCAUGUAAACAUGUUCUACUAGUCAUGUAAUUUUAUUUAAGCAAUCCCAAUAUUAAAAGAGAGUUACGGAGUGACAUAUUUAUAUGAUUCCCAAUUUUGUGACGAUCGCUAUAUUGGAUUUAAAAUUAUGUUACACACAUCUUAUUUUAUUGUGCUCGUGGAUUUUCCUUAUUAAGGGAGUAAAAAAAAAAAUCAUUUCGAAUAGGCCAUAAAAUUGAGUGUACAGAUUAUCGUGUUCUACUCGCCAUUCGACUUUUGCUUAGCAGUACAUAAGGCUAAGCACAUUUUAAACAAUCCACACUAGAUUGAGACGAUUAGCAAGAUUUACUGCAACCAAAGUCCACGUAUAGAUAAAGAAAAUUGCUUUUUCCAGAGUUUAAAUAUCUCCACAAAACGUGUUGUUGGGUAAAAAUUGUACAACGAUUAUUUACAGUGUUAAUAAUUUAUUCAUCAAAAAUUUAGAGUCGAGCAAAAAAACUACUUCCUAUCUUAUACAUAUUUGUUUACACCCGAACCAAGUAUGUUUGUUGUUUUUAAUAAAAAAAAAAAAAAUGCAUUA